CCCAAAGAUCUUUUAAUUUCUCCAAAUUCAUUCAUCUCUAAGCUUCGCUAACUCCGAAACUCGCUGAAGAAGUGUAGCGUCGAAGAAUUACGCAAACGGUAUCGAUCUGAUUGAGGAAUACAGAUCCCAAUCACAUUGAAAUUCGAACAACGCCAUGGUUCUUUUGCAGUUAGAUCCUUUUCUCAAUGAGCUUACGAGCAUGUUUGAGCGGAGCACCAAGAUAGGCUCUGUUUGGGUAACGCUUAAACGAUCAUCUUUGAAAUCAAAUUUGCAAAAGAAUAAGCUGAAAACUUCCGGAGAAGCCAUCGAAUUUCGAUGCCUUAUUCGCGCAACAGACGGGAAGAAGACGAUUUCUACUUCGGUUGGGGCGAAGGAUCAUAUGCGCUUUCAAGCUUCAUAUGCCACCAUCUUGAAGGCCCACAUGACAGCUCUGAAGAAGAGGGAGAGAAAAGAAAAGAAAAAAGCCGUGGAGACUCAUAAGAAGGAAGCAGGUGUGAAGAAGACCAGGAAGGUGUAAAGAAAGCCUCUGUAAAGACAAUAUAGUGCCUUUUGCCUUCGUCUUACAGUUACACACUAAUCACCCAAAAAAGUAGAAUUCUUUUUUUGUCCAAUUGCACAGGGAUUAAAGCUUCUAUGAUUUUGUUAAACUGCCUUUUUUUUUUGGAUAGAUAUGUUUUCAUUUGAUAUUGAAGCAUUUUGAUGAAGUUUUCUGUAGGAUUUGCAGAAAA